UCUAUGGUUGAAUAUUUUGUAGACUAGCAACACUGAAAACUCAAUGGCGUCUCAAAGUGAUUUAUCUCGAUUGCCGGUUGUAUGUAAUUUCUUCUUGUUUUAACAAUAAUUUUAGUGUGUCAUUGUGAAAGUGUAUGCUUUUUUAUUGAAGGAAUUCUUAUAUUAAAGAUAUAAGCGGGAAAAAUGGUAGCUCAAAAGAAACGAGGACAGAAAAAAACCAAAGCUGCUGAAGAAAAUAGCCAGACUGAAGAACAGGUGCAAGAAACUGUUGAAAACCAAGAAGAAUCAAAGGAAGACAACGAAGAAGAGAUGACAGCAGAGGAAGAACAAGCUGCACUAGCUGAUGAACCUACAGAUAAACCUGAGGGUGAGAAUGAGAGUAAAGAUACAGCAGAAGAGACCAAGCAAGAAGAGCAGAAAGAGGAGAAAGUUGAGCCUGGUAAACUCCUUGUAGAGAACAUUCCAUCAAGCUACUUGUUUGAUUAUCAAGACAAAUUGAAAGAGCUCUUCUCAAAACAUGGAGAAAUCGCCAGUGUAAAACGUGGUCCAAUCAUUGUUACUGAGUUGACCACAACUCCGACAUUAUCAGCUAUUGUUGAAUUCAAAAACAAAGAGUCUCUGGAAAAGGCACUGCUAGAAGAUGGCACUGUGUUGGAGGGCAUUGCUAUCUCUGUAGCAGUGGAGUCCUCAGCUGAGACCACUGUACUUGUUGGUGUUCCCUACGAGGCCUCCACUGACUAUGUCAAGCAGUUGUUUGGACAAUGUGGCGAGGUCGCCCAUAUUCAUGAGUUCAGCAAGACAAAGUAUAAGAUAUUACGUGUGACAUUCCAUGAGAAAGAAUCGGCAGAGAAGGCGCUAAAACUGGAUCGCGAGCUGCGACUCAAUGGAUUUCUGGUCACAGUGUCUAAGUACAGAGAUGAGGAUGAGCAAAAGACACAUGCCCAGUCCAAUGCUAAGGGCAACAAGCGGCAACACGGAGGGCAGAACCAGAACCGCAACUCGGGAGGUGGCAACACCAGCACUAACAAUGCCAACAAUAAUGCUAACAACCGCGCCGCCAACAACUCGUACCGCGGCCGGGGCGGCUCAAACUACAACGCGCGCGGCGGGAACUUUAGAGGAGGUGCACGCGGACGAGGCGGUUUUGCGGGUCGCGGCGGCGUGGGAGCCUUCCCACGUGGCGGGUACGCUCCUGUUAACAGCUACAUGCCGCAGCCGUUCAUGGGCGCGUUCAUGAACGACGGUCAGCGGCCCAACAAGCGACUGCGGCAGAUGUAACGCGGAAGGGGGCGGGGCCGCGGACGGUGUGCGUGUGCGUGUAGCGAGGAUGCGUGCGACGACUCGAUGUUGUGUGUGUGUGUGUGUGACGUGGACUGCAGUGGAAUAUUAUCGGAUAAAUCUAGACAAUUGUAUUUACUAAGUACAGAUUUAAUUUUAUUGUCUUUUGACAAGUAAUUAAAUGAUUUACUAACA